CCUGCCAGCCAUGUGGGUUCAGCCGAAUGAGAAGCAAAGCCACACUUCCGAAAAUGUUAGGAGCUGCGCUUCGCUUGCCGUGAGGCCUCUGGAUCAGGAGCUGUUUUUCACAUGAGAGCCUAUCUACUGAAUGGAAUUUCAGUAUUUCGCUGUCAUUUUGAUGUUUUCAUCUGGUCUUCAUCACUUCUACCAGGCACUUCCUGCGAGAAUGGGGGCAGGCGCUCUGGCCAUCUGUCAAAGCAAAGCAGCAGUUCGGCUGAAAGAAGACAUGAAAAAGAUAGUGGCAGUGCCACUAAAUGAGCAGAGGCAUUCAACCUAUAAGAAGUUAUUUGGAGUCAGCCUCCAAGACCUUCAACAGCAGGGGCUCACAGAGAACGGCAUUCCAGCUAUAGUGGGGACUAUCGUGGAGUACUUGGUGAAGCAUGGACUCACCCAGGAAGGCCUUUUUAGGGUGAAUGGCAACGUGAAGGUGGUGGAACAGCUCCGAUGCAAGUUCGAGAGUGGAGCCCCGGUGGAGCUUGGGAGAGACGGGGACGUCUGCUCAGCAGCCAGUCUGUUGAAGCUGUUCCUGAGGGAGCUGCCGGAGAGCGUGGUCACCUCCACAUUGCACCCUCGAUUCGUUCAGCUCUUUCGGGAUGACAGAAAUGAUGCUCAGGAGAGUAGUUUAAGAGACUUAAUAGAAGAGCUGCCAGACACCCACUACUGCCUCCUCAAGUACCUGUGCCGGUUCUUGACAAAAGUAGCCAAGCACCAUGUGCAGAAUCGCAUGAAUGUCCACAACCUCGCCACUGUGUUUGGGCCAAAUUGCUUUCAGACUGUUGUAAGGAUUAAAUCAGAUUAUGGAUUCAAAAUGUUUAGCCGAGUGUCCACUACAUAUGUGCCACCGGGGCUUGAAGGCAUGAAAGAACAAGACAUCUGCAACAAGAUAAUGGCUAAAUUACUAGAAAAUUAUAAUACUCUAUUUGAAGUAGAGUAUACAGAAAAUGAUAACCAGAGAUGUGAAAACCUGGCUAGGCUUAUCAUAGUAAAAGAGGCCAGUUGUAAGAACGCAUUACCUAACAUCCUUGUAACAAAAGACUUAGAAAGAGACAUGCAAAAACCAUCUCUAAAAACCAGGAUCCCCAAAUCCAGGAGUGAGGGAUCUAUUCAGGCCCACAGAGUUCCACAACCAGAGCUAUGUGAUGGCGUUCCUCAGGUCAGCCUGCGGCUAAGUCGUAGAAAACCCUGCUGGGAUGACAUGAAUUCAGCAGAGGAUGCUAAUGUCUCAAAGUUGGUAUCCAGUUCACAGGAAGAUGAAAGACCUAUGUCACCUUUCUAUUUGAGCACGCAUGUAUCCCAAGUCAGCAAUGUUUCGACAACUGGAGAACUCUUAGAGAGAACCAUCCGGUCGGCAGUAGAACAGCACCUUUUUGAUGUAAACGGCUCUGGAGGCCAAAGUUCAGAGGACUCGGAAUCUGGAGCAUCAUCAGCAUCUUCGGCCACAUCUGCCAGACAGCGCCGCCGUCAGUCCAAAGAGCAGGAUGAAGUUCGACGUGGCAGAGAUGUGGGACUUAUCAACAAAGAAAAUAUUCCUUCUGGGUUCAACAACCUUGAAGAUUGUAUUUUGAAUGCUCAGGAAGUGGAAAAAUUGUAUGAAAGUACUUCUGGUUAUAUUGGAGAAAGGGGCAAACCUAAACGUCAGAAAUCCAGUUCCAAACUUUCUGAACUCAAUGAAAAUCAAGAUGGUCUUGUGAAUAUGGAAAGCCUCAAUUCCACAUCAUCUCAUGAGAGGGCUGGACCUGAUGAUGUUGAACUGAUGUCCGAUGAAAGCAAAGAAGAUGAAAAAGGCAGCAGACAUACCCAGCAUUUUGAGAGCCCCACAAUGAAGAUUCAGGAGCAUCCCAGCGCACCUGACACCAAACUGCAGAGGACUCAAGAUGCCGAUGACCAGCAGGAGAGCUUUGUCUCCGAAGUGCCUGAGCUCGACCUGACUGCAUUGUGUGAUGAGAAGAGCUGGGAAGAACCCCUCCCUACCUUCUCAUGGCAGCAGGAGAAUGUGGACUCGGAUGAAGCGCACCUCUCCCCACAGGCUGGGCGCCUGAUUCGCCAGCUUCUGGAUGAAGACAGUGACCCCAUGCUCUCUCCUCGGUUCUAUGCUUAUGGGCAGAGUAGGCAGUACCUGGAUGACACAGAAGUGCCUCCUUCUCCCCCAAAUUCCCAUUCUUUCAUGAGAUGGAGACUGUCUGGACCCUCUCCCUCCGUGCCACAUCCCCAUCCCCAAGCCCCUCGGCAGGCAGCGAGUGCUCCGCCCUGUGCCCCUCACAGGCGCCGGAGCUCCUCUCUCGGGUCCUACGAUGACGAGCAGGAGGACCUGACACCUGCCCAGCUCACGCGAAGGAUUCAGAGCCUUAAAAAGAAGAUCCGAAAGUUCGAAGAUAGAUUUGAAGAGGAGAGGAAGUACAGACCUUCUCAUAGUGACAAAGCAGCCAACCCAGAGGUUCUAAAAUGGACAAAUGACCUUGCCAAAUUCCGGAAACAGCUUAAAGAGUCCAAACUAAAGAUAUCUGAAGAGGACCUAAGCCCCAGGAUGCGGCAGCGAAGCAACACGCUCCCCAAGAGUUUCGGUUCCCAGCUUGAGAAAGAAGACGAGAAGAAGCAAGAGCUCGUCGAUAAAACUGUAAAGCCUAGCGUCGAAGCCACGCUGGAAUCCAUCCAGAGGAAGCUCCAGGAGAAGCGGGCAGAAAGCAGCCGUCCUGAGGACAUUAAGGAUAUGACCAAAGACCAGAUUGCCAACGAGAAGGUGGCUCUGCAGAAAGCUCUGUUAUAUUACGAAAGCAUUCACGGCCGGCCGGUGACCAAGAAUGAACGUCAGGUAAUGAAGCCACUGUAUGACAGAUACCGGCUGGUCAAGCAGAUCCUGUCCCGAGCCAACACCAUACCCAUCAUCGGAUCGCCCUCCAGCAAGCGGAGAAGCCCUUUGCUGCAGCCAAUUAUCGAGGGCGAAACGGCUUCCUUCUUCAAGGAGAUAAAGGAAGAAGACGAGGGUUCGGAGGACGAUGGCAACACGAAGCCGGACUUCACGGUCACUCUGAAGACCGAUUUCAGUGCCCGCUGCUUCCUGGACCAAUUUGAAGAUGAUGCUGAUGGGUUUAUUUCCCCAAUGGAUGAUAAAAUCCCGUCAAAAUGCAGCCAGGACACUGGGCUCUCCAACCUCCACGCCGCUUCAAUACCAGAACUCUUGGAACACCUUCAGGAAAUGAGAGAAGAAAAGAAAAGGAUUCGAAAGAAACUGCGUGAUUUUGAAGACAAUUUUUUCAGACAAAAUGGAAGAAAUGUCCAGAAGGAAGACCGCACUCCCAUGGCUGAAGAAUACAAUGAAUAUAAGCACAUAAAGGCAAAACUAAGGCUCUUGGAGGUGCUCAUCAGCAAGAGAGACACUGAUUCCAAGUCCGUGUGAGGGGGGCAGCCCCAGCCCGAGCAGAGGGGGCUGCUGAAGGUGCAGGCUGAACUUAUCAGCUGCCUCCCCUAGUAAAGAGCAGCUCUGCACAAACUGGAAGGCAGCAUGGAGCUGGACCUGCAGAGCAUGUAGCCCUUCUGCCUCCGGGCCUUUGGGAUCCGCUCCAGUUUCCAGCGCCGGCCUCAGAAACUGCCUGGAUGGAAGAGGGCAACCUGCUUUGAUUUAAGAAUUUUGUAAGGGGAAGUCAAGAUCCCACAGGCGCACGUAGACACUAGGGGAAGCUUCACUAACGCUGGCGGUGAUGAAUCACUACACGGAGAGACCCUCAUCUGCAGAGCAUACACACUGUUCUUCCCUGGAUGACUGAGAAACAUGUCUAACUGGGAUACGACCCAGCUCAGGACUUCCCUCUGGAGAGCGAACGUGCCACGCAGGCCCGAGUUCUCUUUGCACCCAGUAAAGCGGGAACGUGCGUCGGAGCCCUGUUUGCUGCCUUGGCCAUUCUCAUGACCUUUCCCCACUCGCGCGAACUGUCCCCUUUCAGUUCUCAGGUAGAUGGAAGCUGCGUCUGCCCGGCACGGUGGCGCAAUCACCUGUUUGAUGGUGAGUUGCUUCCAGACUUCCUCGGCUGACGGAGAAUUUCGAUUCUUGACCAGGACUGGAUCAUCUGCAGAGGACAGAGGGACUAUAGCUAUAGUCAUGCCGAUUUUUAAAUCAGGCAACAGGGUGAAGAGCCUGGAAAAUUCCUUCCUGAACAUGGAUUGCACUUGAUCGGUCUCAGAUUUUCGCAUCCAACACUAAGCAAGACCAGUAUGCUAUGGCAUCCUGUUUGGGGCUUGGUUUCAUUUUGGCUCUAGCCAAACAUAAAGGAUCUUGCUUAAUUCUUAGCUUAAGUGUUGAGGAUCAUGAGAGAGAGAGAGCGAGCCUGUGUUCUAAGCCUUCUGAGUACUUACCAGAGUUUAAAGUUGGUUUUUUUUUUUAAGGUAAACCCGCACUAAAUCCCCUCACUGAGAGGUAAAUGUAGCCCUCGGAACUCAGUCCAAGGUGGUAUCUAAAUCACACUAUUUUCAAGAUCGUGUGUGAAGAGAAAAAUAAUGGUGUGGGGUCACUUAGGAUUAUUUUUUCAGAGACUGUGUCACAAAGCUGUCUAUAUUAGACCUUUUGGGAAGACCAGGGAAUUUAAAACACCAAAUCAUUCAUCUCUUUACUGUGCUGAUGUCCCCUUGUGAUUUGUUGUCACUUCUUCACCUCUGUGUCUACAUCGAGGAAAGUGAAUUCUGUCUCUGCCUGUCCGUCCAAGGCCUAUGUUGGCACCUUGUGGGUGGAGCUUUGCGGGUUUGCGCUUUGUGGGAUGCAGCUCAAGUGUCUGCACACCGGCCCCCGGCUGCCAAGAGAAAACAUCUCGGCAGGCUCUGCCUUUUGAAGAUACUGUUGCAGGAUGAGCAAGAGAGCUAGGCUGCCCUCCCAUAGGUUUUGAGAGUUGCCUUCUUAAAGGGUACCCUUUUGUUUGGUUUGAUAAGAAGAGGAAAAGAAAGAGAACGUUAAACUCUACUGACCAGUUGCCAGUUUUGAAAUGGGUUCUUGAGAAACUGGCCAGAUUGGAUUUCUAGCAGUGUUUUCCAUGGCUCAAGUGAGGCAGAAGCUGUCAGUUGGAAAUUGUUUUAAGUCGGGAGUCGGGGGAAAAGAAUACCUUUAAGUUUGCUCUUAAAAAUAAUCAUAUAGAAGCAUGAGCUGUGUGUUGGAAGUCCCCUGUGUUAAUCCACACAUUUAAAGACGGUACAUAAUCCUACAAAUUUAAAUGUACAUGAAUAUAUAGUUUGGUAUUCUUUGCUCUACUGUUUACAUUGCAGAUCACUAUAAUUUCGAGGAGUUAUAUUAUAAAUAAAAUGAAGCACUUUAGGAUGUUUUCUAUUUUUGAAAUCUGAACAUGAAUCAUUCACAUGACCAAAAAUUGUAUUUUGUAAAAGAAAUACAUGUCUAGUCUGUCUUUUUUGAGUAAUUAUUCUCUUAAAUAAGCUAUAACAUAAAUCAAAUCAUUACCAGUGAACCUUUAAAGCACAUCUGUUUAAGAGUAUUGUCUUGAAAAUACUAAUAUGCUACAGAAUUUUAAAAGAAAAAAUGCUGUAUAAAUGAGGAGCUACUAAAUGUUUGAAAUCUAUUGUUUCUGCCAAAGGUAAAUUAAGUAAAAGAUUUAUCCAGGACUCCCCAUUCCAAUUUGUAUGAUUGAAUAAAAGAAAACACCAAGUUACAGUCAAAUAAACUGCGUAUGGAA